UAUUGUGGUGGGGUGGAAUUUGCACUUUUGUUACGUCUUUACACGCAGAAACUGCCAACCCAACGACGCGAAAACGCAAUUUUAUGGUUUAAAAUGUACACACUUUAUGCAUAGUAAAAUUCAAGUGUAUGCUAAGUACGGGGCCGAAAUAAGAAACAAAAUUCCAAAAACUGGCAACAGAAGCAGCGCCAUCUGACGGCCAAAUGGCAAUGUAAAUAAAAAAAAAUCUCACGCCACUCGCAAAAAUUCGUUAACAAAAACAACAACAACAAAAGCAAAGCAAAAGCAAUAAAUUAUAAACAAUUCGAAAGGCAACAACAAUUCAGAUAACUCGUAUAUAUGCACACGGAGGCCGCAAGCGACAGGGCGAACGACAAUCCCCCGCAGCCCCCGCGGGCCAACACGGAGACAAAGACAAAAACGUCAUCGAAUGCAGAGACGGAGGAGAGCCGGCGUAAAAGGCAGGCCAUGGAUGACUAUGACAUCGAUAUUGAUUUGAACUUUAUGCAGCUGAGUCGCCAGCAGCUGCUGCAACGCUACAGCAGCGCCGUGCGCCAGCUGCGGCGUCUGGCCGAGGCGCAUCGGGAGGUGCGGCCGCUGUCCUUCGAUAGCUACGUGCUGUUCCAGUACUUUCGGCAGCAGAAUGCUGCUGCUGCAGCUGGGGGCGGCUACCGAGGCAUUGUCAGUGCAGCGCUGCUGCCGCCACCGCAGCUGAUGGCCUACCUCAAGCUGGAGGUGCUGCAUCAUUUGCUGGAUCGCCGGCGGCAAAUCCUCUGCUGGCUGUUCUACCUGACGCUAGUGUCGCUGUGCGUGGCCGCGUACCGCUAUGAGGCGGCAAGCAGCGGCGGCGGCGGCGGUGCUGGUGCUGGUGCCGGCAGCGAGCGUGUCGUGCAGUCAACGGUUUAUCCGGGGAUGCGCAUGUGGCGGCGCAUGACCAUGCCGCUGAUCCAGCGCUUUCCACGGCUGACCGAACUCUACGACGAGUCCUGCCUGAUGGGCAAUCCCUUCUUCCAAAUGGAGGAUCUCAGCUGCGGGCCCUGUGCCAAUGUGGAGAGCGUUUGGCUCGAGAGCGAUGAAUACGCUCAGCCGCUGGGCCUGAGCGUGGGCGGUGACAGUGUGCCAUUUGCGUUCAAGGGCCAACAGGAUGCCAUGGAUCUGGGGGACUUCUAUAAUAUUUAUGCCAGCAAUCAUGUGAUCUUCCAGCGGGACGCAUACCGCGUGCACUCCACCAACCAAGGUGUUCACAAUCUCGAGGAUCUCUUCGGGCAGUUCAACAGCAGCGGCGGCAGUCCAGCACCCACCUGGACACAGCAGGCGCACAAUCUGUGGCGCUGCAAUCGCAUGCUGCCCGCGCGCCUGCUGCGGCCCAUUUUCGCGCGGCCCUCGCGGCUGCCCAGCCUGGCCGUGGCCCUCGAGCGUUACAUGGCCAUCGAUACGGCCCAAGCGCCGGCUUAUACACUGCCCGAGACGGAGUGCCCCAAUGUGUAUGUGCACCAGGCGGUGGGCACACGCUUCAUCAUUUUGCGUCCCACCAGCGAGUGUCGCCACCGUUGUCGCACACUGUCCAUCCGCCUCACGCAGUCCUUUGUUCUCAGCUACAAUUGGUUGUAUUGGAAGCCGAUCUCUGCGCCGGAUCCCAUAUCGGAGACACUUUCCAUCAGCUUGAUUGGCUCCUACUGCUAAGGGGGGUGGGGCUGCCCCCCCCCCCUGCCUGUGUUCAUCGUCCUGCGUAAUCCUCAGUCCUAGAUUUAUAAGCCAUUUAGCCUUAAGCCAGCAAUUGCUCUUGUCCCCCCAGUGUCCAAUUUGCAUUUAGUCAGUCCAGAA